UUCUCCAAACGGCUCUCGGUCGAUCCGCUGGCUGCUCAAAUUGUGCACUCAGACAGACAGAAUUGAAUCUAUAGACAGAUAGACACUAUGCGUGCGUAAACGAGACCAGCUAUGGAUUCUGCUUUAACCGGGAAACGGUCGACUUCGUGUCCCGAAGCAAAUUUUUGCACGCUGGUCAAAAUUGGUUCUCCCCAAAAGACCUCCUCACCUUCUUGUGUACCUGAUGAUACGAUAUCUCCACUAAAUGUUGAUGUUUAUUGUUCAACGUUACGACAAAAUGGAUACUUUCGGGUGGAGAGUGAUUCAACCUGCAGACAGUAGGUGUAUUGCUUUAAAUUGAGCUUAGAUUACCUGGGUUGGUUAUACUUCUGCAACACCAAUGAAUUUUACAACUCUGAUACCGACUCAUGCCAGGCCGAGCGCCCCGCGAGUUGCUUAAAAACGGUCAAAUUAAAGAUACAUUUGUUUUUGUUUAAAUUCC